CAAACUCAUCUUGUCUCCUGUUGUUAUCUUUGGUUGAAGCGAAAAAACAAGCAUUGCGGCACGUACAAACUAUCCAUCGUCGGAUUACUAGAAAGUGUUUUGAUCAUUGCUUUCUCUGACUGACACUGAAGGUGGAAUCCAGAUGCAUUUUUUCUUUUUCUUGAGUGGGAGUAUUUAGGAAUCUUGCCAAAAUGUGACAGAAGCAAUUGAACGCUGAGCGAGAAAAGUAGCAAUUACUGAACGUCGCAGAGAGAAAACUUUACUUUGAAAAAGGACAGCACAAAACGAUCCAAAUGGCAGAACAGCACUCAGACCUGGAAAAGGCCAUCAACACUUUGGUCACAAAGUUCCAUGCCGCUGCGGCCAAUAAAGGUCCAACGCUCCAAACCAAAGAGUUGAAAGGCCUCCUCACCUCCCAGCUGCCCAACUUAGUCAAGACUGGAGGCUCAGAGCAGGGCCUGGGCGAGGUGAUGAGACAGAUGGGUGUGUCAGACGGUGAGGAAAUCACCUUCAAGCACUUCUGGAGCUUGAUCCAGUCGCUGGCUACCACGCAGCAUGAUCUUCUCAGUACUCGCAGAUGGUGUUUGUUGAUAUGAGGUCCAUGCCUUCUGACGGUGGUGUGAGCCAGGGGGAACCAGACAGCCUCAUUGUAUCCCACCCAGUGUCAUUACCCCUUCUCACCGCACUGCUCUCCUCCAACCCUGGACACUCACAUAGUCCUCACCCCCUCCACUACAGGCCUUUUAUGUACAUUCCCCAUGCUUGGUAGUGCCAGCAGUGCUCAUCUCCUAGCUCUAUGCUACUUGGUUUACAGGAUUUUUUUUUUACUCCCUCCCUUACAAAAAUGUCCUGUGGUGAUCCUGUGGUAAUUUUACCACACCCAGUCAAGUAUUCAUGUGGUACUUCUCCUGUGGUAGUGUUGUCCCACUGGGCACUGAUAUUAGUUCAAUGUCUAGUUUUGAUUUACAUUUGGUUUAUUUGUAAACUAACCGUGAAUUCAACGUGAAAUCAACAACA